AAAUGGAAUAUGGAGGACGAAGCAGAGAGGAAAUUAGAGAACCGAAGUACAAAGGAAAUAUUGCUUGAGCUCCUAGACGAAUUUGAGCGCUGUUCUGGUGAGUUUUUUGAGGAUGUUUCCAAAGUUGCCACCCAAUAUGUUCCACCAAAACAGCCAAAUGAGCUGUUUCAUUCGAAGGCAUUAGAAGGGUUGAUUGAAAAACACAACCAGCUUCAAGAUGUUGCUCAGAAAGCCCAAGACCAGCAGAGUCGACAUGUUGAGAUCACGAAAGCGAAGGAAGAGUUGGGAAAGAAAAAUCAGGAAAUUUUACAACUUCACUCGUUGCUGAACGAAACAGAACAAUUACUGUCCAAUGCUUUAUUCCAAGCAAGGAAGAAAUUCACGGCGAUCCAGACGGCGACGAAAAAUAAAAUAACGUCUGAAGAAUUGAUCAAGUAUGCUCACAGAAUCAGUAGUAGUUGUGCUGUCGAGGCUCCAUCGAACUGGACACCUGGUGAUCCACGACGUCCAUAUCCACUCGACAUUGAGAUGCGCUCUGGAUUGUUGGGCAAAAUGCAAGAGCGGCAUGUUCCUGGGUCGCAACCGAUGGAACAAAAUAUUACCACGAAUCCGACAUCAUCCGAACUUGACAGGGCUUCACCUUCGCUUCCGCAGAAUGGAGAACAGGAUGUUUCGGAUGUUGGAGGGACAACUUGGCGGUCGGCGUUGAAUUCCGCACAAAGUGAGACGAACACCGUAGGACAGUCAAGUUUUUUAGACACCGGUAUGCACAUUGAUAUUUCUAAUGGAUUGAUGGGAACCACCCGCGAUGAACUUGAACAAAUGAGUACAUCGUCAUCAUCUACAUCUAGUGACAGUCCUUGAUCUAAUGCCACCAAUGGACAAACCCAUUACCUAUAUAGACAUCCGCAUGCUAUAUUAUACAUAUAGUCAUUCUUUCAUGUAUAAAACCCAUUACCUAUAUAGACAUCCGCAUGCUGUAUUAUAUAUAGUCAUUCUUUUAAACAUACGCGGCACGUUCAUAUGCUUGGGAAUCUGCCGUUAUAAUACGAACUUAUGACAGAUUAAAUCUUUUACAUCUGUCGAAGAGAUGCAGAUGCUAAUUUUAUGUUACCUAACUUUAUAGCUACUAAAUUUAUUUUUUACUUCAGCUGAUAAUAUAACAACAGAAGAUAUGUUUCGAUGAUCUGCAAACAUCGAGUCUUAUGUUUGGCUAAGGCAAUUAGAAAUAUCUUUAAGAAAAUAACUGUGGCCCCAUGUUAGAUCCUUGAGGAAUGCCACUUUUUCAACAAAACUUGUUGCUUUAACAGUAUACGUGCCUCACUCGUCUGCUAUAGGUAGGAUUGGAAUAACCUAUAAGUUCGUUUACUUUAAUUUCUUCGAGUUUUAACUUUCCCUACGCGGGAUUUAUGCACGGGUAUAACCGUGUCAAAUGCUUUUCUCAGGUCAAGGUAUAAAACUCAAGGUAUAAAAAAUGUAUUCAUUAAGCGUCUGACAGUUAUUAUUAUGUACCUAUCCAUCGGUCAUUAGGGAGCAGUAUCUGUGGAAUUUGUGAAGAUUUUCGUACUACAUGUGGUUCAGGAAGUCUACUCUAUAUCCACACUCAUUUUAAAGAUAAAUUGUUUCGUCAUUUUUUGUUAAAAAUUGGUAAAACAAAUUAAAUUUGGACUAUAAUUUAUAUGAUUCUGGAUCAAGCUUUUUUACCCACUGAGUGCAGGAUAUUGAUCCUCAA